UUAGAAGAUAAUACCCGGUUUUUCUCUACGAUUAGAGUACAUGAAUGAGGACUUGCGAAUACACCGAAGCUUUACACAGUCUAUAUAUAGCAAGUUAGUAACUCUCUUUUCCCUCUUUGUUUUGCAGUCUCUUAAAAACAGCAAAGAAGAUGUCAUCAUCAACGGCGGCCAAUCAAGUGAGGGCAUCUCACAUACUCAUCAAGCACCAAGGCUCUCGUCGUAAGGCUUCUUGGAAGGAUCCAGAAGGUCGCGUCAUCUCCACCACCACCCGAGACGCCGCUGUCUCACAGCUUAAACUUCUCCGCGACGACAUCGUUUCCAACAAGGCUAAGUUCGACGAGGUUGCCUCUCGCUACUCGGAUUGCAGCUCCGCUAAACGUGGCGGUGAUCUCGGUCCUUUUGGUCGAGGCCAGAUGCAAAAGCCAUUUGAGGAUGCAACAUAUAAUCUUAACAUUGGCGAGAUAAGUGACAUUGUGGAUACCGAUAGCGGUGUUCACAUCAUAAUGCGAACUGGUUAAUCAUUAUUGAUGGAGCCUGGAUAUCGUGAGCAAUUAGUUCAGUCUUCUCGGAAAAUUCUAUCGAAGAACAUUCUGAAAUCACUUCUGAUAAUGCCUAUGGCUAAUUUCAUGGCAUAAUUUUUGAACCCUUUUGGUUUUGGUGUGAAAUUGACUGCCAGUUUAUAAUAAACAAAUAUUUGGUGAACUAAA